AUGCCUCAGCCCAAUGGCGCCUUUCAGCCUGCCCCAUCUACCAGCCCAGCUAGAGCGCCACACAGUAGGCAGCCUGACAUGGCAGCACAGAUAGCACCCGGGCAAGCUAGGGGAGCACCAAACUCCAGUGGGUUGCCAGGGGCUGGCAAUCCCCAAGCUCCGUUCAGCAACCAGCCUUCUCACUUGAGCAAUCUUCCACCUCAUCCUUGUCCAGCUCCUACUUCUGGUGCCCAGAAUCUACCCAGGAUGCCUAGCAAAGACGAAGAAGACACAAUGAAAAAUUUAAGGAAAACUUUCGCUGGAAUAUUUGGUGAUAUGUGA